CGCGAGGGGAGGGCCGGGCCGCAGGGGGUCGAGGGGGUGGGGCCUGCUGGCGGCGGGGACCCGGCCCCGGCCUGGAGCUGGAGCUGGGAGGGCCGAGGCUCCCAGCCGGGAUCGGACGGGCGGGGUCCAGGUUUACACAGAAAUCAGCCUCCCGGGCCAUGUCGAUGUCAAAGCCUGUUUCUUCUGAGCCCCAGCAGAACACAAGUGGAUCAGUGGAUGAUUGCUCUUGCCUGAGCAAGAGAUGGCAUAAUACCUGGAGUCUGCCUACUGCAAGCCUCUGAGCUUUAGAAGCCAGCUGGAUGAAGGGAUGUAAUAGACGCCUGGGAGGGACACUGAAGUCAGCAGUGGGGGGGGAGGGGCCUGGACACACCCCUUCCCCCCCAGACUCCUCCCUGACAGGGUCCACCCAGCCAUGGACUUUGGACCUGGAUAAGUGGAGAGAAGCUGUGCUUUGGUGGAUCUGGUUCUCAGUUUUGGAAAUGGAGUGUUAAGUGGGGGGCUUGAUGAUCUUCAGGAGAGCAACUGAGAGAAGAAAAGAAAGGUACCUGGCGUCUUCCCAGUCUCAGCCCAGAAGAAUAAACCCUUAGACUUGGGGAAGUGAGCCAGGCAAGCCAAAGGCAGCCUUGAGCCCUCCCCUUGCCUGCCCUCCCCUGUGGGGGCCAGGAUGCUGAAGAAGCAGUCUGCAGGGCUUGUGCUUUGGGGUGCUAUCAUCUUUGUGGGCUGGAAUGCCCUGUUGCUCCUCUUCUUCUGGACACGCCCAGCACCUGGCAGGCCACCCUCAGACAGUGCUCUUGAUGAUGACCCUGCCGGCCUCACCCGAGAGGUGAUCCGCCUGGCUGAGGACGCCGAGGUGGAGUUGGAGCGGCAGCGGGGACUGUUGCAGCAAAUCGGGGAGCAUUAUGCUUUAUUGAGCCAGAGGUGGAAAGUGCCCACUGUGGCCCCUCCAGCCUGGCCCCACAUGCCUGUGACCCCCUCACCAGCCGUGAUCCCUAUCCUGGUCAUUGCCUGUGACCGCAGCACUGUCCGGCGCUGCUUGGAUAAGUUGUUGCACUAUCGACCCUCAGCUGAGCAUUUCCCCAUCAUUGUCAGCCAGGACUGUGGGCACGAGGAGACAGCACAGGUCAUCGCUUCCUACGGCAGUGCAAUCACACACAUCCGGCAGCCAGACCUGAGUAACAUCGCUGUGCAGCCAGAUCACCGCAAGUUCCAGGGUUACUACAAGAUCGCCAGGCACUACCGCUGGGCUCUGGGCCAGAUCUUCAACAAGUUCAGGUUCCCAGCAGUUGUGGUAGUGGAGGAUGAUCUGGAGGUGGCACCAGACUUCUUUGAGUACUUCCAGGCCACCUACCCACUGCUGAGAACAGACCCCUCCCUUUGGUGUGUGUCUGCUUGGAAUGACAACGGCAAGGAGCAGAUGGUGGACUCAAGCAAACCAGAGCUGCUCUAUCGAACAGACUUUUUUCCUGGCCUUGGCUGGCUACUGUUGGCUGAGCUGUGGGCAGAGCUGGAGCCCAAGUGGCCCAAGGCAUUCUGGGACGACUGGAUGCGCAGACCUGAGCAGCGAAAGGGGCGGGCCUGUAUUCGUCCAGAAAUUUCAAGAACGAUGACCUUCGGCCGCAAGGGUGUGAGCCACGGGCAGUUCUUUGACCAGCAUCUUAAGUUCAUCAAGCUGAACCAGCAGUUUGUGUCCUUCACCCAGUUGGACUUGUCAUACCUGCAGCGGGAGGCCUAUGACCGGGAUUUCCUUGCCCGUGUCUAUGGUGCCCCCCAGCUACAGGUGGAGAAAGUGAGGACCAAUGACCGGAAGGAACUGGGGGAGGUUCGGGUACAGUACACGACUAGAGACAGCUUCAAGGCCUUCGCUAAGGCCCUGGGUGUCAUGGAUGACCUCAAGUCUGGUGUCCCCAGGGCUGGCUACCGGGGCAUUGUCACUUUCCAGUUCCGGGGCCGGCGUGUCCACCUGGCCCCUCCACAGACCUGGGAUGGCUAUGAUCCUAGCUGGAAUUAGCAGCAUCUGCCUUUCCCUGCUGGGUCUCCUUGCCAUAUCAUGAGUUGAGACAGGCGUGCAGUCCCUGGGCUAUACCAUCCUGUCAGUGGUUCCCUCUUGGGUCUGUAGAUCUUCCUUUUUUCCGUCCCCCCACCCCCAGUGGCAUUCUAGUGCACAAAUCAUAAGAUGAGGGUUAUACUCCCGUUGUCAAGGGAGUCAUAUAUCAGGAGAACUAUUGUGUGGUGUAUUUGGGGGUAUUGAACAAGAAACCACUGUGUGGUAUGGGGAGGCUUGGGCUUGUUGGGGCCAGGGUGUCCUGAGUUCUCUCGAAGGGCAUCUGCAGAGAGCUUGGCAACUCCAGCUCUCUUGACCAGGCCUGUCAGCCCUGAGCUGGCUCCUGUCAGUGUGAGCCCACCUUAUGUACCUACCCUUUCUCCACCUUCUCCCAGUGUGGGGCUGGGCUAUGGAAGAAGGAAUGGGUUUGUGGCCAAAUGAGACUAACCAAAGGGGUUUCACUGUCAGGGUCAGAUUGGAGUUGUUGGGGUGCCGGGGUCACUGCCUCCUGGCUUCUCAGUCCUCUUUUCCUGCAGCAUAGCAGUCUGUGCUUGGGAGAUGGGAGUGGAAAGGGAAAGCAGGCCUUCUCCUGGGUUAGAGCCAGCUGUCAAGAAAGGUGUCCGGAGGAAAGCCUGUACUUGGGCACCCUGCUUCUUGCCCACGGCCCCCUCUUUUCUGAAAGUCAGUUCCCUCCGUGUUGUUUGGGAGGAUAAAGUGCCAGCCCGGUGGAAGACAGUGGACUGACUUCUGUGCCUCUUUUCUCCUGAGGUUUGGGGUAGAGGCUGCUCCCUGAGUGGUGGCUCUUGGUGGCCGUCUCAGAGCUAAAUACACCAGUAGCUGAGACCAGGACAUCUCUGACCCCAAGCUAGCUCCUGUCCGGCCUUCCUAAGCAUUCCCCCAUCUUUCCCGGCCAAGAUGCAGGUAGCAGGUUGGAGAGAAGUUUGUGUGUUUUUGUUUGUUGCCUGAUCUUAGUUUCAUGGAAGAAAAAUGGAAUCUACAGAAUUAUUUUCAAAAAUAAAGUAAAGGCUGAAUUGUCUGAAAAAUAUGUGUCUGUGUCCUAGGAAAGGAGGUAAAAAGUGGGGUUGGGGGACAAAGGGAGUAAAGUCUACAGGAAAGAGCUAGACUUGAGGGAAAGAAAAUGAGAAAAAUAGGAUGGGUGGGACCAGGGGUAAGGCAAGGGAGAGUCAAGGAUGGAGCCAGAUAGGGGAGCAAGGCUAGCUUGUGGGGAGGCCCCAGGCUGCAGAGCUGCUGUUCAUCUUCAAGUUGGCCAUGGGCUCCUUGGUUAACAAGUGGGUCUGGACUGGUCUGCAAAAUACCUUGGUGUCUAAACCCUUGUAGGAGCUGUCUUGUGCUGUUUUGCUCACUCAGACAGCAUCUACUGGGCACCUCAGCAAGCUGCCCAUGAAUCCAGGGUUUGCAGUGGAUAUAGGGCAGGCUGUGCAUUGGCACUUAAGACUCCUGAUUGUGACCUCAGUGAGAAGACAUAUACUGACAGAGCACAUCUGUCCCACCCUCAGCGUUUGCUGAAAUUUCACCCAUAUCACAAGCAGCACCCUCUGAGAAGUUUUAUUCCCCACUAACUAAUUUGUAUGUGUGUUUAUACGUGUGUGUGUGUGUGUGUGUGUGUGUGUGUGUAUGUGUGUGUGUAUGCAUGCUCAUGUGUGUGCAGGUACACAUGUGUGCCUUUUUAUGGAGUCCAAAGGUCAACCUCAUGUCAUUCCUCAGAAUACUGUCCAUGUUACUUUUUGAGACAGAGUCUCCCAGUGGCAGAGAACUUCCCCAUUAGGCGAGGCUGUCUGGCCAAUGAGCCCAGGGAUCCACCAGUCCACCUCCCCAGUGCUGCCAUAAUUGGCCUUUUUACAUGGGUUCUGGGAGUUGAACUUAGAUCCUCUUGCUUGCGCAGCAAGUAAUUUAUUAGCUACCCCCCCCCCCCAGCCCAAUUUUUUUUUUUCAAAGUGAUUCUUGAGAACCCUGGGUCUGACUGUAUGACAAUCAAAUUUGGAUCUGGCCACUAGUGGUAGAGAUCACUGGCAGAAGUGGGGGUUAGUGACUCUGCUUUGCGGCUCAGGAGUGCAGACUAAAACAGUGGAAUCCGUUUCACUCAUCUUAAACAUUGACGUUGUGGCCUUGGCUGUGUCUUCCCUUGAUGCUCUCAGAUGGAUUGUUUAAUGCUAAUUUUUGAUUUUGAAAGGAGAUAGUCCAUUGUUUGCAGCUACAGACACAGGGGCUGGAGGAGGAGACACAUCAUAUCCCUGACCAUUGAGUGGGGAGUAGUUUGUCUGGACUUCAUGUUCUCAGCAUACUUAAUGAAUGUAUUUAGCAGUCCCUGGCCAAAUGCUUUGUUUGGAGCUCUGCCGGAGUUGUGUUGUUGCUGUUAAACCAGUGGAGGAGCAGGCACAAUAGGGGUGAACUUGAUCAGGGGUGCUUGGGGCAGACCCGGGAUCUGAAUGGAAUGUAUGCUGUAAACAACGGAGAUAGAGGAUGUUCCGUUCCAUCCUUUAGUGCCGUCUUCAAUACCCCUCCCCAGCCUCAUUUGGCCCCAAAGCAGCAGGUGGUACUAGACUUCCGGAAUGAACAGCCAGUGGUCUCCUACCCUGGAUGGUGGGUGUGUUAGACUGAGUCCAGGAAAUACAAAACAGAGGGGAUGUCUUAAGGCCUGCUAAAGCUGUACAGACACUUAAAAAUAGCCUGGCUUCUCGGGUUUUCCUUGAAAAGAGUCAGCUUGCUGCUCGUCAAAGCACCCUUGAGGUUCAUGUGUGCAUCGUUGACUAGGAACCCUGAUGCUCUUGUGGAGGACCAGUGGGUGUACUGGCUGGAAAGGCCCGUGGUGGUAAAUGCUGUCGAGUCCUGUUACCUUUCAGUUUAGAGAUUCCACCAGCUGGAAAACCCCAUGGUGGUAAAUACUGUAGAGUCCUGUUACCUUUCGGUUUAGAGAUUCCACAGUCAUUCCGGGGUCGCCUCUGCCCUGGUGCCUUCCUACUGGGGGUUCUGCUUUUGUCUCUAAGCACUCCUUGGUCCACCCACUGCCAUCCUCCUCAUGCCCCUUCACUCGUGACUCUGAUGGCUUCAGGACAGCCAUCUUUGUCUUCCAUAUGGCCUCGCCCUCUUAUCUAGGUCACAUUGACAUCUCGUUUGUGGAGUGAGUCACCCAGUGUAGACAGAUGUAUUGGAUUUAGUCUCUGUGGCAAGGCUUCUGAGUCUUUAGUAGACUGCCCCAUCUCUUCCCCAUCUGAUCCCUGCCGGGUGGGUUGCCAGGAGAGCUGAACCUCUUAGGGAAGGUGGGAGUUAGAGGGUAAUUACAGCACUUGAUUGAAAAUCUUACUUUAAGAAUGUCUUUUCUCUGUCAUUACGUAUUUAUUUUAGGAUGUCAAAACAGAUUGCAAUAAUAUCCAUGCCUCUUUACCAGAUUUAUAUUGUGGUGCAGGAUCCUACCAGACUUCUUUCUCACGCAAAUAGAGCAUUUAUUUAUCAACAAAUUCAUAAAGUUCUGCAAAUACUUAGCUUAUAUAAGUUUACAUAACUAAUAAGUUUAUGUAACAUAAUAUUACCCUCAUUCUUAAGAAAUAUGGGUCUCAGGCUUCCAGGUGGGAAUUUCAGAGCAGCAAGUGGUUUGCUACUCCAGGAGCCCUUGGGCCCUGUUUUCUACACACUUGACUAGCCUGGACAAAUCACAGGGAGUUUAUGUUUGGAAGCAGAGGUUAGAGGCCCUUUCAGGUAAAGGAUCAAGUGCCGUCCGUGUUCUCUUGUCCUAAGGCUGGGAGACCAAGCAUGGUGGGCACAGAUUACCCAGGUGAUGGGCCUGCACUGAACCCUGCACUGGGCCAAUGUCUGUAUGCCUCACUCCAGAACAGACCUUGGAACCUGCCAGGGUUUCGUCCUAUGAGGUCAGGACGGUAGUACCCUCCAGAAGGUUAUGAAGAUGACUUAAUGUGUACAAGCAACAUGAAGACAGUCCCGUGGGAAUCGUCUCGUGUUUUCCUUUCCCAGUGCUCACCUCGGUUCCCCCGCUUUAGGCCCUCACACCUUCACGAGUCUAAAGAAGGCUGAGUGGCAGUCUUAGAAGCUGUGUGCAUGGGCCCCACACGGUACUGAAGUUGGUGUGCUUUGCCCCGCUGCCUCCCUUCGCUCAUUUGAAGUCUGACUCUUUCUACUAAAACUGUAAGUGACUCAGAACUAGAGUGAGCUGCACACAACAGGAAAUUUGGAUCUUGAGAGAGAGAGGGGCUGGCGAGAUGGCUGAUCAGGUAAGAGCAUAUACUGCACGUGCAGAGGACCCAAGUUCAGUUCCUAGCACCUACAUCAGGCAGCUUACAGUCACUGGUAGCUCCAGUUCCAGGGGAUCUGACCUCACGCUUCCUGGGGCACCUGCACACGUGGUGCAUAGACGUACACAGGCACAGACACAUACAACUAACACAAGUCUUUCAAAAAAGAGAGAGGCGGGCAAUCUGGGACUGGCUUGAUGGCUUCUGAUGUCAUCAGGGCUACAGAUACAUGUUGGUGUCACCCUCCUUAGCAUGAGGCUUCCAUUCUGGGUGUCACUCCUUGGCUCCGAGAGUUCCAGCCAUCACCCAGGCUAGGCUGGAAGAAAGGAAGACGGGCUAAAGGAGGGCCAGCUUCUGUUUCUGGGAAUCUGCAGCCAGUACCUGGUCACAGGUCCAUGGCCACAGACAACACACAGACAUGCUCUCGGCAAAGGAGACAGAGAAAGUAACUUGCCAGCUAAACUGACGUUCAGUCCAACUAGAAUUCCUACUGCUAAGGAAAAAGGGAGCGAGGUGUGGGAAGCCAUCGAUGCUGUCACACCUGCAAGACUAAAACCAGCAACAGUGGCCGGGGGUUCUUGGAGAAGGAAGGGUAAUGAUGGUGUUAUGGAAAUGCAUUAAGAAUCCUGACCCAGAGAAGGGCAAAAUUAAGCUUCCUGAAACCCUUACUGGGUUCUGUGAGAACUGUCCUAUCAUGGUGAGGCCUUCCCAGGGUCACACGAGUAGUAUUCUCAAGGUUUUACCUUAUUGUUGUUGGUUUUUCAAGACAGGGUUGCUCUGAGUAGCCCUGGCUGUCCUGGAACUCUCUGUAGACCAGCCUGGCUUCAAGCUCAGAGGUCCUCCUGCCUCUGCCUCCUGAGUGCUGGGAUUAAAGGUGUGUGCCACCACCGCCUGGCUAAGAGUAGUAUUCUUAAAGCCCAAACACAUCCACAGAAAUGCUGAUUGACAGGCUCACGCAGUGGGAUGAAGGAAUCAUCGUCAACCUACGGCUCUAGGGUCCCCAUUCAAGAUGGAUCUAGGCAUCAGGACAGAGUAAAGGGGAGGACAGGACAAACAGUUCUUCACCCUCCCCACACACAUGCACACACACCUUCCAUUCUUUAGAACUUAGCCCAGGGCUCUGAGUUGCAGAUCAGGGAAAUGGAGUCUCAGCCUCCCCACAAUGUGUUCAGCUAAAACUCUUACCUAGCACAGGCAUAGGCAGGGGAAUGUGGUUAAUGGGCAGGCAGUAUGCAUGAGUAUGGAGAUAGGGCACCUUUGCUCAAAUACCUCUUGGGAAUGUAAUUAUAUUUCAAGGUUUCUGUUUAAGAAAAAGGAAGAACUCAGACUCUGGGGUGGGUGGUGAGAACUCACCAAGACCCUCCAUACCUUUCCAGAGGAAGAUACCAAUUGGCACACACUGUGGGAACAGCUACCUCCAUCCUGCAUGAAGCUGCAACAGGAGUCAGGCUGCGUAUAUGCAGUUAGGUUAUUGAAGGCACAUUAGUCCCUUUAUGUCACCAUAUCAAAAUAGUAGACACAGAUGGUUUAUUUGGGCUCAGAAUUUGGAAGUUUCAAGUCUAAGAUGGGCCACUCUGUUGGCUGGUUGGCAGGAUCCAUGUCCAUGUGAGUGCUCACAUCUCCAGCUCGGAAGCAGACAGACAAGCUAGGCCUGGGUUCUAUACCUCACUUGGGGAAGCACACCUCCAAGUGACUGCAGAUCUUCCACAGGCUCCAUCACUGCCCAGACACCACCCUGGGGACCAGGCCUUUUACACAGGGCUUCUGGAAAGAAUCUGACAUUCAACAACAAAGCUUGUGUGACUUGAUUUGCUUAGAAUCUUGGGCUGAAAGCUCUGCCGUAAGGAAUCUCACUUCCCUGAGAGCAUCUCACUGGAGAGGCCAGAUGGGGUGGUUGGCGGCGGGCAGCAGCAUUUGCUGCUUCUGUGAGCGAGCCAUCCUUGAUACCCAGUCCUGUGGAGCCUUGGGAAACCCCAAGCCUAGGCUGACAUCUAACUACAACUUGGUGUGAAGUGGCAAUUAGCUGGCCAAGCCCUUCCUCAAUUUCUACCCCCGAGUAGCAAAAUAAAUGAUUAUUUUUAGUUGCUAAGUUUGAAAGUAGUUGAUCAGUGAAACCAGUUACUGGUUGGAAUUCUCCUUGGCUGUUGGGUUCUGUCCUUGAAAUGGAGAAGUCUUUGCAACCAGAAUGGAAUGCUUAAACAAAUAUUCUGAGGAUAAGAAUUGCCAAACAUUUACUCAUUACUACCCAAGGGUGAGUAUGGUGUCUGUUCUAUUACUAAGGUAGAAAUUAUCUUUGAAUUAAAGGAUAUGGAUAUUAUUUUAUUCACCCCCAACUUUUUUCAAUUUUGCAUUUGAAGUAUUUUUCAAGUUUUUAUUAGGAAAAUUUAAGCCCAUAGGGAAAUUGAAAGAUUAAUGCCAAGAAGACACACAAUUCUUCUAUGGAGAUAAUAUAAAAAUUAAUAUUUUGUCACAUGCCAUCUACAUGCACAUUAUACAUACACCCUUUUAUCUUUCCCAUCAAAUAGGUUAUAGGGCAAAUCUUUUAAAAAUAACUUUUAAAAUUAAUUAAGUUCCAUAUGGCACCAUGGGUUUCUCUGGUGUUUUCAUACAUGUAUGCCAUGAUACUUAGUUCUUAUUCAUCCCUCUUCUCUGCUUCCCUCCCCCAUCCUGUCUGCCCCCUGCUUCUAAGCAGUUUUCUCUUCCACUUUCAGGGCCUCUUAUUCCAGCGGUUCUCAACCUCUGGGGGUCAAACAGCCCUCUCACAGGGGUCACAUAUCAGAUACCCUGCAUAUCAGAUAUUUACAUUACAAUUCAUAACAGCAGCAAAAUUAGUUAUGAAGUCGCAACGAAAUGAUCUUAUGAUUGGGGAUCAUCAAACAUGAGGAACUGUAUUUAAGGGUCGCAGCAGUGGGAAGGCUGAGAACCACUUCCUUACUCUGGUACUCUCACUUCCCUCCCCAGAAGGUCUAUUCCUCUUUUCUUAGGUCAUGAUCCCCUUUCUACUUCCAAAAUACAUACGUACGCACGCACGCACGCCAAUCAGUGUUCCGGAUAUGAGAGGAAACAUGGUAUUUGUCUCUCCGCGUCUGGCUCAUUUUGUGUCUCGUAACCAUCUGCAGCUGUUGACUCCACUCCAAGUGUCAUGAUUUAACUUCUUUCUUACAGCUGAUAAAACUGCAUCGUUUGUGCACACCGCCUUUCCUUUGUGCGUUCAUCUGUUUGAUGGGCGUCUAGUGUGGAUAUCGCAGCAGCAAACAUGGAUGUGCGAACACCUCGGAGGGAUGCAGACACAGAAUCCUUCAGUUACGCAUCCAGGAGCGACACAGCUGGGUCAUAUUCUUCUUCUACUUUCAAUAUUUUGAGUAACAUCUUUACUGACCUCUAGAAUGGCCCCAGCUCACACUUCCACAAGCACCAUACAAGGGGUCCCGUCUUCCUACCCUCACCCCACCCCACCCCCGCAUUUCUUUUCCUGGUGAGAGCCCUUUUGACUGGGUGAGAUAAGCUAUCAAAGCAGUUUUACGUUGCAUUUCCUGCUGGCUAAGGAUGUUGAGAUUUCAAACAUUUUGAAGUAUUUUCUGGUCAUUUGAGUCGUCUUUGGAGUACUAUCUAUUCAGAUCAUCACCCCAUUUAUUGAUUGGAUGAUGGUGGGGUGUUAAUUUUCAUCACUUAUUUACAAAUAUUUUUAGAAAUCUGUAAGUAAUGUGUUAAUUGUUCUGCCAUUGUAAAAAUGUAGAAAAUUAGAAAGAAAUAAAAGUCGUUAAUAAUUUCA